UCCGGAAACUCUUUUGAUUUCCUUAUCAUUUCUGGGGAUUUUUCCAUUUAAUGUUCUGAAAACAUGAGGAUUAUGAAUCCUAUCAUUCAAAACAAUUUCCAACUUAAUGUUUUUGUUUGUCGAUUUACAGCUUCAGUCCAUCAAUAAUAAUGGUGAAGGUGGGUAAAAGGAACCAUUUGAGACAGCUUCUUUUAUGGCUAAUAAUGAUCAUUGAGUUAUUACUCUUUUUCUUUGUUUGCUCUGCUGAAAUUCCAGCCAGAAAAAUUCUAGAGGGUGGAGACAGUGACCCUCAUGAAGUCUGCAGGUUGCAAACAAGUGAUCAGAAAGUGGUUAUUGAUAAUGGACUUGUUGAAGUCACUAUGGAGAAUCCAUCUGGUUAUUUGACAGGAAUAAAAUAUAAGGGACUUGAUAAUGUGCUUGAAAGUAGAAACCACAACCACAACAAGGGGUACUGGGACAUUGUAUGGGAUCAUGGUGUUGACAAAAUAGAAACAAAACAUGUCAAGGUCAUAACACGAACUGAUGACCUAGUAGAGCUUUCCUUUACCAAAACAUGGAAUUUUACGGCAGACCAUGGCAAUUCAGUUCCCUUAAACAUUGACAAAAGGUUCAUUGUCCGGCGAGGCGUUCCAGGGCUCUACAUGUAUGGUAUUUUCGAGCGCCAGGAAGAAUUUCCGGAUGCUCAUAUGAACCACAUAAGGAUUGCUUUCAAACUCAAGGAAGAGAAGUUUCGAUUCAUGGCGUUGUCAGACACCAGACAAAGGAUAAUGCCUAGUGCAGGAGAUCGAGGUUAUCAGACUCUUGCCUACAGAGAAGCUAUGAUAUUGACCAAUCCAUUAGAUCCACAACUUAGAGGAGAAAUUGAGGACAAGUACCAAUAUUCUACUGAGAACAAAGAUAACAAGCUUCAUGGGUGGAUAUCCGACGAUGAUGCCGUUGGUUUCUGGAUAAUCACCCCAAGCGACGAGUUCCGAAUUGGUGGCCCACACAAGCAGGGCCUCACUUCUCAUCCUCGUUCCACUGCUCUCUCCAUGUUUGUUACAACUCAUUAUACCGGGAAAGAUAUAGACACAACAUAUAAGAAAGGAGAGCAUUGGAAAAAGGUUUUUGGUCCUGUUUUUAUCUAUCUUAAUUCCGCUUCUUCCGAAGAUGAUUAUCGCAAGACACUUUGGAAUGACGCUAAAAGACAGUUGAGUGAGGAAAUUAAAAGCUGGCCGUACAAUUUCACUCGAUCAGAAGAUUUUCCUCAUGCUGAACAACGAGGAGAAGUUAGCGGCCAAUUACUAGUGGGAGAACGAUUCAUCCAUAAGGAAUUAGUGCAGGCGCAAUCUGCCUUUGUGGGGUUGGCACCGCCUGGAGAUGCAGGAUCAUGGCAAAAAGAUGGAAAGGGCUAUCAAUUCUGGACUCAAACUGACAAGAAAGGCUCCUUCCAUAUAAAAAAUGUUCGACCCGGGGAGUAUAAUUUGUAUGCAUGGGUCCAUGGUUUCAUUGGAGACUACAGAUUAGAUCUCAACGUCACUAUCCAACCAGGAAACAAGAUCAACUUGGGUUCUCUUAUAUAUGAUCCUCCAAGAAAUGGCCCCACAUUGUGGGAAAUCGGGAUUCCUGACCGGACAGCUGCCGAGUUCUUCAUACCGGAACCGUACCCAACAUUUGUGAACUCAUUGUGCCUCGAUGACGCGGACAAAUAUAGACAAUACGGAUUGUGGGAACGCUACUCAGAUAUUUAUCGUCACGGUGAUCUGGUCUAUACUGUGGGUGCUAGUAAUUAUUCUCGGGAUUGGUUCUUUGCUCAUGUUGUCAGGAAUAUAGGGAACGGCGCAAACCGGCCAACCACAUGGCAAAUUAAAUUUAAUCUCGAAGAUGUGAACGAGACAGGACAUUACACUCUCCAAUUGGCCUUGGCAGCAGCUUCUUAUGCUGAAAUACAGGUUCGAUUCAACAAUCCAGAGGAUGUUCGACCUUAUUUUACAACGAGGAGAAUAGGUUACGAUAAUGCUGUAGCACGGCAUGGAAUUCAUGGAUUGUAUAGAUUGUACAGCAUUGAUGUACCUGGUAAUAGAAUUAAGAAAGGGGACAACACAAUCUUUCUAACUCAGACAAGACAUCAAAGCUCAUAUGCAGCAGUUAUGUAUGACUAUAUUCGAUUAGAAGGACCUUCAGUUUAAUCAAUUUGUCAUGUACAAAUAGAAGAUAGCUAGUUUAUAUUC